CUAUGUAUUUCUCCGUCCGCCUCUACUGGAGGUGCUUGCUUGCCGAAAUACAGGAAACCAGUGGUGAUAAUAUCCCGAAAGACGAAUAGGUAACACCUCGCGCGUCAUAGCGCAAUUUCUGUCCGGUGCUAUUUUGUAUUUCCGAGGGUGCUGUCAUCCAGGAAGGAUUUGGAUACUAUUUAGUGAGCGUGCUCCGCCUAAUAUGAGCUUUUCAUCCACGACUUGAAACAAGAAACAAAAGCAAUGGGAGCAUUUGGAUUGAUAAUAUGGAUUUUACAUUGUAUGGGACUCUAUAUUCAACUUAACGCCGCUUACAAACCGACUGUGCGAACCGAGGUGGACAAUCAUAUAUCUGGAAAUGCUGUCUUCACGGAGGUCCCUCAUGACACCACAACGCAUAGCGGUCAGGAUGUGGAGAUGGCCUGUUCAUUCCGGGGGGCGGGGCCCUCCUACUCCCUGGAGAUCCAGUGGUGGUACAUGAAGAACCACAGAGACUGGCCAGAGAAGCCCGCCUGGACCUCCAAUCAGGUGGGGCCAAUGGAGGAGAUGUCUAAGGAUGCCACCAAAAUAAGUGUGGUGAAAGUGGCUGGGAGCAACAUCUCCCACAAGCUCCGCCUCUCCAGCGUCAAGCAGUCAGACGAGGGCACAUACGAGUGCCGUGUCAUCGACUUCAGCGGCAGCGUGGCGCAGCUCCACCGCGUCCGGGCCUACCUCCAGGUGGAAGCCGAGAGAUGGCUGGGCCACGGGUCAGCAGACACCCAGCCCCAGGAGCCCCGACACAAGGGACAGGGGAGCCAGGUGCACCUCCGCCAAACAGAGGACCGGGAACUGAAGAGGCGAUCGGCCGAUGACAGCACCACGGACUGCACUGAGAGCUGUGUGCUCUAGAGUCUGGUUCUGUGUCCAGAUAGGAAUAACAGGAGUGCAUGUUCCCGAUUAUCUUAAGAAGGAUGAUUAUUUUUACACCAGCAGAGGCCUGGACAAAAACUGCUUAAUAUAUAUGUUAAUUUAUGAAUCGAUUUGUUUGGUUGUUUGUUAAUCUGAGAUUUGUUUCUGCUUGUUUGAAUUCAGAUGGUCACAGACCACCAGAGGGCAUGAUCAUGUUGUCUUGGUUCUUAAAUGUAACGUUAUUUCUCAUCGCCUUUGUUAAAUGCUUUGUCCAUGAUUUCUGACUCUGGGGUUGUGAUGGGUGAAGAUGAGGGUGUCGUUGGGUGGAAAGGAUGCAGGGAAGGCCUGUAUCUCAAUAGUAUGAAGUAUCUUCCUUCCUUUGUCUCCUUUCCUUAAUAAGCACUGAUCUGAAAUGAAUGGAAAGGACAAAGCAAUAUAUACUUUCGAGUGGCGCAGCGGUCUAAGGCACUGCAUCUCAGUGAUAAAGACGUCACUACAGACCCUGGUUUGAUUCUAGGCUGUAUUACAACCGACCGUGAUUGAGAGUCCCAUAGGGGGGUGCACAAUUGGAUUCCUGCAUCAUUAGGGUUGGCCGGGGUAGACUGUCAUAUAAAAUGGUAAUUUGUUAUUAACCGACUUGCCUGUUAAAAGGUUAAAUAAAUAAAACACUGAACAAAAAUAUAAACGCAACAUGCAACAAUUUCAGAGAUUUUAUUGAGUUACAGUUCAUAGAAGGAAAUCAGUCAUUUUAAAUAAAUUCAUUAGCCCUAAUCUAUGGAUUUCACAUGACUGGCCAGGGGCACAGCCAUGGGUGGGCCUGGGAGGGCAUAGAAGCCAGGUCCACCUACUGGGAAGCCUGGCCCAGACAAUCAGAAUGAGAUUUUCCCCACAAAAGGGCUUUAUUACAAUCCCACGGGUGAAGAAGCCAGAUGUGGAGGUCCUGAGCUGGCAUGGUUACACGUGGGCUGCGGUUUUGAGGCCAGUUGGAUGUACUGCUAAAUUCUCUAAAAUGAUGUUAUGCCUUAUUGUAAAGAAAUUAACAUUACAUUCUCUGGAAAUAUCUUUGUUGGAUAUUCCUGCAGUCACCAUGCCAAUUGCAUGCCCCCCUCAAAACUUGAGAUAUCUGUGGCAUUGUGUUGUGUGACAAAACUGUACAUUUUAGAGUGGCCUUUUAUUGUCUCUAGCACAAGGGGCACAUGUGUAAUGAUCAUGCUGUUUAAUCAGCUUCUUGAUAUGCCACACAUGUCAGGUGGAUGGAUUCCUGCUCUUGGCAAAGAAUAAAUGCUCACUAACAUGUAAACAAAUUUGUGCACAUAAUAUUUAUUUUUUUAAAUACGCUUUUUUUUUUGCAUACAGCAUGAAUCAUUUCUGGGUUCUUUUAUUUCAGCUCAAGAAAAAUGGGGCCAAAACUUGACAUGUUAUGUUUGCAAUUAUGUUCAGUAAGGUAGCUACCAACCCAGGUAUUUCUGUAUCUGAAGUUAUGAAUUAAAGGAGACAAUUAGAGGACGUGAUUCAGGAGUAUUUAGACCCCAUAGUUCAUCGAAAGAUACAUUUUGCUCUCCGUGACAUACACUUUGAAAUACCUUGUUUCUGGCGUAUUUACAUGUAAAUAACACUUUAACUGAUCAAGCUCUGUGAAAGGACUUUGAAGGUUGUUCUUUGGUUUGUACUUACAUUUUGCUUUGAUGUUUUGUAAGAAAAAUCUUGAUCGAAA